CGCGCGGUUCAACACGAGCGAAAAAAUUAGUAGGACCAUGAUAACCGAAGCCUAAAACGUCUACUUCUGUAGAAAUGAUCAUCCUUACGUAUCCGCACGGGCCUCUCACGCGUCUCUGAUAGCGCUGAAUUUGGUCUGGCGGCUCUGAUUUGGUCAUUCUAUCGAUAUGGGCCAAUAAUUUGCCAGAUUAUUACAUCAGCAUAUCUAUCACAUAAGUUCACAAUGGCGCCGUGGUUUCGCUUCGCAGCGCCGCUAUACAAGAACACGGGCUCAGUAGCCCGAGACCAUCUGGCAUCCGAGCGCACGUUUCUGGCGUGGAUCCGAACAGGUCUCGGGUUCGUCGCGCUCGGCAUCGCGAUAGAGCGCUUCUCGCAGCUCGACCUCACAGAGCUGCUGCCGUCCCAUCAGCGGGCGGAGGAGACGGAGGAGGACAGGCUGCGGAAGCACCAGGACAAGAAGCACUCGCAAUUACUGGUCGGCGCGCUGAUGGGUUUGGGGUCCGGGAGCAUCCUGUACGGCACCGGCCGGUAUUUCGGCAAUAUGAGAGCGCUGGAGAGGGGCGACUUCAAGCCCGCUUAUCGUGGUGCCGCGGUCCUCGGAGCCGCGGUCGCUGGGCUGGCCGGUGGUGUCUUCGGGAGCGCGGUUGCGAGAAGGAAGCCGGAGAGGGAUGGGAUGGAAACGUGAUUCGCAUGGGCUUUGGAUGAAGAAUGGUCAUUCAAGUGGGCCAGGGCAGCCCUCUCUACCGGCAUCGAAGCGAAGAGAAGCGGAGAACUUGGUAGUGAUGUAGGAUAGCUACAGGACUGCCUUGUGGUAUUGUUGCAUAGACCGGGUGCUUCCUCAACCAUGUGAUUAACAAUAUUGGCUAGGGGCUCUCAUUUACAUCCCAGUGCUAUUAUCGACAACGUGGAUCUGCCAUAUAUCCCUUCAACGCAUUGUAUGCCAGAUCUCUGGCUGUACUUUUCAUAAUUCAUUUGUGCGCCCGUUAUGGUAUUUGGGUGCGUCCCAUCAUAAAUAUAGGCCUAAGCUGUUGAGAUGAAAGUCCUAUUGUACUUGAGCACGAGUUCAGAAGUUAGCGUGAGCACGAUAACGAUAACGAAUUGCGCCACGAUCUCAUCCUUGUUAGCUGUUCUGCUGUGGCUGCCCGCUCAUCCCUAAUUCAAA